UUGUCCCUCGGAGGGAGAAGAGCGCACGUCGCCCCCACUCCGGCGCGCGAGCUGCUUAUUGCCAUCGCUCGGUAGAGGCGUUUCGGAGCCGCGACUCGUCGUAGUACGCUGGAAUAUACGGUGCGAGCAGUUGCCUCUCCCGUCAGUCGAGCUCGGAGCGUGAUCGUGAGAGGACUAUCAUCGCGUGCCAACAUGUGCUCGUAACCACACGUACUCUGAGUGUGACAUGACUUUGUCCGAUUGAACCGCGAAACGAACAGUGCUAGUGACAAAAGUGACUCCUUCGGCCAUGUGCGCAAGUGGACUUUCGCGAAGCAAUGCGCCGAGUUAAGAGGUGAUACGAAGACGCGAAAAUUAUUUACCAUGGCGAAGAUGAACUUUGUUUCGGCGCUGGGCCUGCUGCUCGGCGUCGUUUUGUUUUGCGCCCCGCGGGCGCUCGGCUUCAAGUACGAGGCGCCCGACUUCUGCUCGUGGUCCUUGGAGAACAACGAAACCAGCCGUGUCGGCGUGUGGUGCAAAGUGCGCACGCUGGCCGGCGAGUUGGCCGCGAAUCGCACCAACAACGCCGCGGGCGCCGUGUCGUCGCUCGCCGGCCUCCAAACGGACGGCACCUCGCGCCUGAGAGUCGAGUGCAGCGAAGUCCUCUUUUUCGAGAGCACCCUGUCGCCGGGGCUUCUCUCGCGACUCAACCAACUGGAGGACUUGGAGAUCGAGCACUGUAAGUUGGGCCAGUUGCACGACGGUGUUUUCCGCGGCCUGUCCAAUUUGAAAAAGCUGUCGGUGCGAACGCACAACUCGGACUGGUCGUCGGCGCGCCAGCUGGAAGUCACCGACGCCAGUUUCGACGGACUCAAGGAGCUGCAAACCCUCGAUUUGGCGCACAACAACAUGCGAGACGUGCCGACCAACGUUUUCUGCCACCUGCCCAAUUUGAAUGUGCUCAAUUUGAGCAACAACGCGCUCCAGCACUUGGACCCCACUUUAUUGGGAGGGACGUCGGCCGACUCGGUUUUAUCCGACGAGCCGGCGGACAAAAGUUCAGAGAGCAGGGCCGCGGGUGAGAGUUGCGAAGUGGACGUGAUUGCCCUGGACGUGUCGUGGAACAACCUGACAGACCUGCCGUCGGUCAUCAACUCGCCGCGGAGACGCCGGCUGCAGCAGUUGCUCGUGCAAAACAACCAGCUCACCGCACUCAGAGCCUCCUCUCUGACCGGCCUCGCGUCUCUGCGUGUUUUGAACGCGUCCAGCAACCUGCUCGUCGACCUGCCGGCGGUGCCGCUGAGGGAGACGUGCCGCGAACUGCGCGAGGUAAAUCUGCGCGGAAACGCGCUGCACGAUUUGGGCGACACUUUCCAGCGUCUCGAGCAGCUGCUGGUGCUGGACGUGGCGAAAAAUCGGCUCGUCAACUUGGGCUCGUCGCUGGCCGGCCUCAUCAGACUGAUUGUGCUGGACUUGUCCGGCAAUGCCCUCAUCCGCCUCGAGGCGCUCGCCUUCAAGGAUCUCUACUCGCUGCAGAUUUUGGAUUUGCGCGACAACGCGAUCGCCAGCGUGGCCGACGACGCCUUCCUGCCCUUGUAUAAUUUGCACACUUUGAGUUUGGCCGGUAAUCAACUGACACGCAUCGGGCCGUCCCUCCUUAAUGGCCUGUUCGUGUUAAAUAAAUUAACGCUCAGCCUCAACUUGCUCACCGAAAUCGACCCGCGCGCCUUCAGGAACUGCUCGGACCUGAAGGAACUCGAUCUGAGCGGCAACGAGUUGAGCGAGGUGCCGGCCGCCCUCACCGAACUGCCCUUCCUGCGGACCCUCGACCUGGGUGAGAACAGAAUUACCGGUUUCACUAAUGGCUCUUUCAAAAAUAUGCACCAACUAACCGGUCUGCGGCUGAUUGACAACAACAUCGGCAACAUCACCGUAGGUAUGUUGUGGGACCUGGUCGGUCUGCAGGUGCUCAGUUUGGCCAAAAAUAAAAUUCUGCACGUUGAAAGAGGCGCUUUUGACCGAAACGAGCGGUUGGAGGCCAUCAGGCUGGACGCCAACUAUCUGACGGACGUCAACGGCGUCUUCACCGCGCUGCCGUCGCUCUUGUGGCUCAACCUGAGCGACAACCACUUGGUCUGGUUCGACUACGCCUUCGUGCCGCCCAGUUUGCAGUGGCUGGACAUUCAUUCCAAUUUUAUUGAAAAACUGGGUAAUUAUUACGAAAUCACGGACGGCUUCCACCUGAGAACGAUUGACGUCAGCCACAACAAGCUGACCGAAUUGAGCAGUCUGUCCAUCCCAAACAGCGUUGAAAUAUUUUUCACAAACAAUAAUAAAAUAAAAAAGGUGGCCUCCGGAACUUUCACGGCCAAACAAAACUUGACCCGAGUUGACCUCUACGCCAACGACCUGGAGUACCUCGAUUUGAGCUCAUUGCAAAUUUCGCACCCCAGUCGAAUUGAGGUCACGAUCACGGACGAUGAUGAGUUCCCCGAAUUGCAGCCCUCGCGACCUCUGCCUGAAUUCUACCUGGGAGGGAACCCUUUCAAGUGUGACUGCACCAUGGAGUGGCUCCAGAGGGUCAACAACAUGACCCACAAUGACCACCUCCGCGGCCGCUACCCGCGAGUGAUGGACUUGGACGACGUCGUCUGCCGGAUGACGCACUCGCGCAACAUGCCGCUGUCCGAGUCAACAACCAUGGCGCCGGUGCACAUUCCGGUCCUCGAGGCGCGUCCGUCUAAUUUUCUGUGCCGCUACGAAACGCACUGCUUUGCUCUGUGCCACUGCUGUGACUUUGACGCGUGUGACUGCGAAAUGACGUGCCCCACAAAUUGCACUUGCUACCACGACCAGUCCUGGCGAGCAAACGUCGUCGACUGCUCCUCUUCCAACCACGUCACACUGCCCUCCAGCAUCCCGAUGGACGCCACCGAGGUGUACCUCGACGGCAACAACCUGCGAGAGUUGCGCAAUCACGCAUUUAUUGGCCGCAAAAACAUGCAAAUUUUGUACGUCAACAACAGCAACGUGGAGACCAUUCAAAACCGCACCUUCAACGGCCUCAACUCGCUGCAAAUUUUGUACCUGCACGAAAACAAAAUCAAAGUGCUGCGCGGCUACGAAUUCGAGAACCUGAUGCACCUGCGCGAACUUUACCUGCAGCACAACAGACUCACGCACAUCGGCAACGCCACCUUCCUGCCCCUGCGAGCGCUGCAACUUCUGCGCCUGGACGGCAACCGGCUGGCCAGCUUCCCCGUUUGGCAGCUCAAAAUGAACCCCUACGUGACUGAAAUGUACCUCAACACCAACCCAUGGGCGUGUCGGUGCCGCUUCGUCGCCGCCCUGUCCGAGUGGCUGCAGGAGGACAAGCGGCAAAUCAUCGACGGCGGCGCCGCCAAGUGCCUGGAGAAUUUCAACAACGAGGAAAUCUGCAACCACGAGGAGGACGAGGACGACGUCAUGUCGACAGCCGUCCUCGGCACCCUCCCCCGCCUCUUCAUGAACGACUACCUGCCGACGGUGAUCGGCACCCUCUUUGUGGUGCUCCUGGUGAUCGUGUUGGCCAUCCUGGCCUUCGCCUACCGCGACAACGUCCGCCUCUGGGUGUUCGCCCGUUACGGAAUUCGGCUUUUCCACAAGACGUCGUCGGCGGCCGCCGGCGUUUCGGCCGCCACGGCCACCCUGGCCGCCGUCAAACGCGAGGACAAGGACAAAUUGUACGACGCCUACAUGUGCUACAGCCCGAAGGACGAGGAGGAACUGGUGCAGUGCAUCACGAGCGGCCUCGAAAACGGCAACCCGCGCUACUCCCUUUGUCUGCACUACCGCGACCUGCCGUCGAUCGCCGGCUCGCGGGACACGGCCAUCUGCGAGGCGAGCGACGCCAGCCGAAGGGUCAUCUUGGUUGUGAGCAGAAAUUUCCUGCAGACCGAGUGGCCGCGCCGAGAAUUCAGGGCGGCCCUGCACGAGUCCCUGCACGGGCGGACCUUCAAACUGAUCAUCAUCGAGGAGGCGGGCGGCCUCCCGCCGGAGGUGGAGCGCGACCCUGACCUGCGGCCGUACCUGAAAACGGCGCGGCGCAUUCGGUGGGGCGACAAACGCUUCUGGGAGCGGCUCAAGUACGCCAUGCCCGAGAGCAAGUCGAGGGACAAUUUGCACAUGUACCGGCAGAACAUCAACUACACCCUGGACGCUCGCGGGCACCACCAGCCGCUGCAGAACCACCACAUCCACCACCACCACGCGGGCACCAUGCCCGGCAAGCGGAAGCAGUUCAACGCCGCGCCCCUCAACAACCACCCCCUGUUCAACAACAUGAAGCUGGACGAGUCGAACAACGUGGUGGUCGGGCCGACGCCGUCGCCCCGGCUGCUGCACCCCGCCAGUCAGAACCGGCCCCCGUACAGCACGGGGUCCAUCAGCCCCCGCUCCUCGGAGCACAUCUACUCGUCGAUCGACUCGGACUACUCGACAAUGGAGCGCGCCAAUUUGCCGCCGAAUGUCCAGCGUGUCUUACAGCAGCAGCAUCAGCCGCCGCCGGCUGGUGUGUGGAGAACUGCCGCCAACACCACAGUGGUGGACCAGGGCGGUGUUCAAGCUUAUUUGGUGUGAUAUUCGUCAAGUAAUUCCUUCUGCUACCUUCUACUGAGCUAGGACUGUACUCGUUGUUAAUUGCUUUGUCUUCGCUGCCAAAAGAAGAAGUCAACCCCCUCCCUCCCCCCCCCCCUGAGAACCAAACAUUCACACGCACUUCUAAAAAGGAUAUACCAUCAGAAUGCAGUCCUUCUUCACUACACAAAAGAAUUCAACCCACGUCGCACUUCUUCUCGCCGCCUCGAUGUUUUCCAACCAGUUCGACCGACUGAAAUGACGCGAAUGGAGCAAAAAAUCCAAGCAUGUAAACGGCAGCAGCAGCGUUUUGAUGGCGAAGAAGAUUAUUUUUCCUCUUUCUUGCUUCUUUCAAUGAUCAUACAAGACUGAUAAUUUUGCUUUUUGAUCGUUUUUAUUAUAUUAAAACGAGACGACUUGAAAUUUUUGAAAAUAAUCAAACCCGAAAGGAACAUUCCCGAUAUGAAAAAAAAUAACGAAUUUUAAGAAAUUUGCAUUAAUUCUUCUUUCAAUUAUAAUAAUAAUAUCUUUGCACAAAAGUUGAUAAAUAUAUUUUACUCUUGCCGAAGACGCAAGAUAUUUACUUUUUCCAUCUUUUCUCUUUUUUUAUUUUGGUACUUGAAUAAUGACAAAUAGCAAGAUUAAAAGUAUUAAUGCUGAGAAUCUGGAGUCUUCCUAUGAAGUAAGGUUAAAUUUUGGACAUAGCGAAAAAGACCUGUAAUUGUUAAUUACCUAUUUAAAAUAAAAUUCAUAAUUAGGAAUGCGAUUGGUUACUGAAAAGACGCGGUUGCUAUUGUUUGACACGCAUCGGUUAUUUAUUAAAAAAAAAAUUAUUCAAAUACGAAUUAAGCA